UGCCUGGCUCUGAGCCGGAAGUGGCCGUUUGGGGGUGAGGCCCCUCCAAAGUGGCAGCCAGACUCUGGUCCCUACACUCAGGUCGGACUUUGCUUUUCUUUGAAAGCCGCGGACGGUCCAAGCCCCACCCCCGUCCCCAGCAUUUCCUCUCUGAACCGCUCACACCGCCCAGUGGCCCCAGUUGCCCGGGUCCCAGGACGAGAGCUGGAGCCCAGCAGAGGCCCCGGCAUGUGGGGCUCCCUGUCCCUGCUGCCUGCCAUCCUGGCCCUCUGGGCUACCACCAGCAUCUGGACCGUUUUCGCGAUCGCCGUGUCCAACAAGACUGUGAACCUGACGGAAGGCAUCCCCUACAUCAGUCUCUGCGGAUCGUACCCGCCCCAGAGCUGCAUCUUCAGCCAGCUGCUCAACAUGGGAGCUGCGAUGGCCGCCUGGAUCUGCAUUCUCCGUUACCACCAGUUCCGGGACUGGGGCGUCGGGAAGUGGUUUAACCAGCUGAUCCUCUGGUCGGGGCUCCUCUGUGCCUUGGGCACCUCCGUGGUGGGCAAUUUCCAGCAAAAGAACCAGCUGGCCACGCACCUGACGGGGGCCUUCUUGGCCCUCUUCGUCGGCCACGUCUACUUCUGGCUGCAGCUCUUUCUCUCCUGGAGGAUGAAGAGCCUGCCCCAGCCCGGGGCCCGGUGGAUCCGGCCGCUCCGCCUGCUCCUCUGCAGCCUCUGCACCGUCCUCUUGGUGACCAUGGUCGUCCUGCACGCCAGCCGGCGGCGUUCCGCGGCGGCCGUCUGCGAGUGGGCCGUGGCCAUGCUGCUCUUCACGCUCUUCGGCCUGCUGGCCGUGGACUUCUCCGGCCUGGAGGGCUGCACCCUGUGCCUCCGGCCUGGGCCCAGCCUCGGCCCGCAGCCCGCCUCCCCCAUCUCCCUGCAGACCCCGUCGCCGCCGCCGCUGGCCUAGGCGCUCUGACCCCGGCCUGGCCCUCCCGCCGGGACGGAGACGGAGCCCGGGCCCCUCCGUGCCCCCCGAGAUGCAUCGCUGGGGACGAACCUGCAGGGAUGAACCGUUGCGGAUGGACCUUAAAGGACCUGCCGGGCGCUGGCCGGUGUUGCCCAAUGGUUAGAGCGCCGGCCCACGCACCCGAGGGUUGCGGUGGUUUGAUUCCGAUGGAGACGGCGCACCGCGGAGACCAUGAACCUGGGCGGCAGGUUGGCUGCCUGGCCCGGCCCCAGCUGGGCGAGUGAGAGGCGCCUGGUGGAUGUCUCUCUCACGUCGAUGUUGCUCUCCCCCCACCACUCCCUUCCACUCUACGUAAAAGCAAUGGAGACGUGUCCCCGGGUGAGGA